AGCUCUUAUCUGAAUUGAUCAGACAUUUGCCUCUGAAUAGUUAAACAAUAUACUAGCUCUUAAUGGUUCAGACCUCUUACUGGUUCAGCACUUAAUGGUUCAGACCUCUUACUGGUUCAGCACUUACCCAUUCAGAAGUUACUAAACAGACCCUAAAUUUUUUUGUUAAAUCAAUACUGUAAUCAUUGAGAAUUUUCAGGAGAAUUAUCUGAAAAUCUUUCAUCGGUGUGUUCCGAUUCCGGUGGCCGCCGACGGUGAUCAGAGGUGAGCGUCCGAGUUGGAAAAUCUAGUGUUCCGGAGGCGUCCGGCAUUGGCGUGAUAAUCCCGAACAGGAACCAUGAAUGCUUCGCCGGAUAUUGCGGACAUCUUUGAGAAAGCAAAGGAGCUCGAUCGGUUGAGGAAGGAACAAGAGGAAGUGCUCCUCGAGAUCAACAAGAUUCAUAAGAAGCUUCAAUCCAACCCUGAGGUGGUAGAAAAACCCGGUGACAAUUCAUUAUCAAGACUCAAAAUGUUAUACAUGCAUGCCAAAGAGCUUUCUGAGAGUGAAGUCAGCAUCUCUAACCAAUUGCUGGCUCAACUGGAAGCAUUAUUCCCAUCCGGACCUCCAGGGCAACAACGGAGAAGAAUAGGAACUGCAGAAGGUAAUGAGCAAAAAAAGAAAAGAAUGAAGACUGAUUCUGAUGUCACGAGACUUUCUCCAAACUUGAGAAAUCAGUUGGAGUUCUUUUCUAGCUUGAAGGGUGAACAAGUGGCAGCUAGGGUCAAUCAAGACGACCCCGAUAAGGACGAGUGGUUCAUUGUCAAAGUUACUAAUUUUGAAAAGGAUACUAAAAUGUUUGAAGUUCUAGAUGAAGAACCAGGUGAUGAUGAGGAAGGUGGUGGUCAGAGGCAUGCCGCUCCUUUAAAGUACAAGCUUCCAUGGUCACAUAUCAUACCUUUUCCGAAGAGGAAUGAGCCUGCUAGUACUCCAGAUUUUCCUCCAGGAAGGCAAGUUUUGGCAGUUUACCCUGGAACCACUGCCCUCUACAAAGCAACAGUGCUCCAACCUCGUAAGAAGAAGACCGAUGAUUACAUGUUGGAAUUUGACGACGAUGAGGAGGAAGAUGGAUCUCUACCUUCACGAUCGGUACCUUUCCACAGGGUAGUUGCCCUCCCCGAUGGUCAUCGCCAAUAACCAAGACUACCCUAUAUUUAUGGAGAACCUUACACCUCGAGAAGAAGAAGAAGAAGAAGAAGAAGAAGAAGAAGAAUACAAUGCAAUAGCUUUAUUAGUGGAGGAAGACUCUCUCUCUCUCUCUCUCUCUCUCUACUCUACUCUAGUACUCUACUGGACUCUGCUUCUUGUGUGAAAUUAUUUAUUGGACCAUGGUACACUUACCCCAAAAUUUGUACCCCAAACUUACACCAAAGGUAUACACCAACAUUUUGAUGGUUCACACUGACACAAAGUAUUGGUACGUUAACAAAAAUUACACCGACACAAAGUGUUGGUACGUUAACAAAAAUUAGCAUUACACUAGCACAAAAUAUGUUGGUGCACACCCGCGGUGUACAAAUGGGAUACAAAU